AUGGGAACCGGCCACGUCACGCUCCAACACCUACUCAUCCUUUCCGCCGUGCUCCUCCUCGGCACGCCCGUGGAGGGCCUGUUCCGCAUCGCGCUGAAGAAGCUACCGGUCGGCCAGAACCGCCUCGUCGCUGGAGAGGACGCUCAGACCUUCCUCGCGCAGCACCAUGACCUCGUCCAUAACGAGGAGCCGCAGCCACUGCCAAAGAGAGAUAUCGUAAUACUGAAGAACUACCAGAACGCUCAGUACUACGGUGAGGUCGGCAUCGGAAUGCCGCCACAGAACUUCACCGUCAUCUUCGACACGAGAUUUGUGCUGGCCCAGAGCCCGCUCGACCCAAGUCGUUGUGACGCCAAUAACCGUCAUGCGCCAAGUCCCCUCAUCGGCGACCACCGUGUUAGGUGUGUCAGGCCAAUGGUUACCAUCUCGACACAAUGA